UAGCUGCGCAGGCGCACUCCGUCUGGACGCCGAGGCGUCGCUGGGUGUGCGGGCGGAGCUUUUUUGAGGCCCUCUGCACCUUCUGACUGAGGAAAGAUGGUCAACGUCUUGAAAGGAGUGCUUAUAGAAUGUGACCCCGCCAUGAAGCAGUUUCUGCUGUACUUGGAUGAGUCAAAUGCCCUAGGGAAGAAGUUCAUCAUUCAAGACAUCGAUGACACUCACGUCUUCGUAAUAGCAGAAUUGGUUAAUGUCCUCCAGGAGCGUGUAGGUGAAUUAAUGGACCAGAAUGCUUUCUCUCUUACCCAGAAGUGAAAAUAUGGGAUAGUGACCAUCUCGGAGUUAUGAGUCACAUAUGUGAGAGGCCCCGACCACCUGGUAGCCUGUGGACUGCGUAGACUUAGAGAGUUGCCUGGAGCUUGUACCCAAAAGACCAGAAUUUCUUCCUGUUUCCUUUAAUGUAUGUACCCCAGAAUUUAAAAAAGGGGGGGGUUAACAGUUGGCUGUAACUUGGUUUUUAUUAUCCUUUAUUAAAAUAUAUUAUUAAAAUACAAGUUAAGUGUUU